AUGGCUCGUGGUCUCAUUGCCAUUUGUCUCAUCACUUUGCUAGCCUGUUCAUCUGUGGAAGGUCGAGGCCUAGAACUAGCACAUUUAAAUGGAGCUGAACAUCCGUCCGUGGGGGAUCAUGUUCACGGAGUUGUAGCAAAUGUGACAGUGGGUGGGUUCAACUUUCAGUUAAAUUUAAGCAACCCUAAACUUGUUGAAGAACUGAAAAUUAAACGAUCAGACUUUCCAUCCGAUUUUCUGUUUGGAGCCGCCACUUCUGCUGCACAGAGCGAAGGGUCAGCUAAAGAAGGAGGGAGAGGACCAAGUGGUUGGGAUCAUCGCAUGGAAACACUCCCAGAAAAACUUCGAAACAGUACAAAAUUCCCCAUGGCAGUCGAUGGAUAUAAACGAUACAAGGAGGAUAUUAAGCUUAUCAAGGACGCUGGACUAAAUUCUUACAGAUUUUCCAUCUCCUGGAGUAGGAUUUUACCAAAGGGAAGCUUAAGUGGCGGAAUUAACCAAGAGGGUAUUGAUUACUACAAUAGCUUGAUCGAUGAGCUAAUAAAAAAUGGCAUCACACCUUUCGUGACGAUUUAUCACUUUGACAUGCCACUAGCCCUGGAAGAGAAGUAUGGAGGCUUACUGAAUCGCUCGUUCGUGAAUGACUUUAGAGACUAUAGCGAGCUUCUAUUCAAAAAGUUUGGAGACAGAGUUAAACAUUGGUUCACAAUUAAUGAGCCAAACAUUCUUGCUCAAUUUGGUUAUGAACUUGGGAUUUCCCCACCAGGAGGGUCUCCUGUGAAAUGUUUCGAGACUGUCGGUCCAUGCAAGUUUGGUGGUAACUCGUCAACAGAGCCUUACACUGCAGCCCAUAACAUUAUCCUUGCCCAUGCCACUGUGGUUAAGCUCUACAAAGAAAAAUAUCAAGAACAACAAAAGGGUGAAUUGGGAAUCGUCCUCGCUUCACAAUAUUUUUUGCCCUAUACACAAUCAGAGGAAGAUAAAGCUGCAGCAGGACGACUUUUUGACUUCUACCUCGGAUGGUUUAUGGGACCAUUAGUAUUCGGAGAUUAUCCUCAAAGUAUGAAGGAGAGGGUGAAGGAUAGGCUUCCCACUUUUUCCGCAGAAGACAAAGUUCUGCUCAAUGGGAGUUUAGGGUUGGUUGGUAUCAAUUAUUAUACAUCAACAUAUGCCAAACAUAAGGCUCCUCCUCCAGCUAUCAAAGAUGAAGAAAUUCUGGGUGUGACCGAUGGUCAUUGGCCGGAAGGGCUGCAGAAGCUGUUGGAGUACGUUAAGGAUAAAUAUCAAAAUCCAAAGCUCUACAUUUCUGAAAAUGGACUUUCUGAUCACAAGGACAAUGGCUCUCCACUUGAAGUACUUCUAGAGGAUCCAUAUCGAAUUUCCUUUGUUUUUCGUCACUUGUAUCGAAUCAAUAAGGCAAUUAAGAAUGGAGUGAAUGUCAAAGGGUACUUCUAUUGGGCUCUAUUCGACGACAUUGAAUGGGGCAUGGGGUUCAAUCGAGUUGGUAUUUACCUUGUUGAUUUCAGUAACUACACGCGCUACCCCAAGCUCUCCAUUAAGUGGUUCCGAGCUUUCCUUCAAGGCUGAGAUCCUGCUAUAGCUGCCUGAGUAAUCAGUUGUUCAAACUUAAUAUUUAGCAAUGUAAAGCCAUUAUCCCUUCGGUUUUCUUGUUGUAAUCUA